AAGUUUUGGACUUCGGUUGUAUAUAAUCUGGCUUGAAGUUUUGGCGUAAGAAUCUGAGCGUAUGGCAAUGCGCGUUUCUGCCGUGUCGCAGCUAGGCCAAGCUGAUUCAAAGCAGGGAAGCAGGGAGAAGUAUCAAGGAAGAGAGGCGUCAUUGUUUGCAAAAUGGCGCUCCCCAGUCGCCUCCUGUACCAGCUGCUCGGAAAGGAGCUUUUCCACCAAGCACGUGCAAACUCGCAUCGCUCCAUUAGCCACCCCCGUUUCCCGCCAACUCUUCUCCUUACGCACCCAUCUCCUCCUUCCCAGCUGACCUCAUCAUGCGUCAGCGGAAUCCCAAGCAUGCCGGAGCAGAGCACCAGCGGGUCCCGCGGGUACAGGCUCGAACCCUGGAGAUGUGCCGUAUCUAGUCCUGAUUCCCAGGCUAGCCAUUCAAAACCUCCGCAAGAACCAAAGACAUUGCCCUCCGUAGAGGCGGAGUCAAGCAAGCCUGGUACCAGUCAGCGCAAGCCAGAGCAGAAACCCAAGACCAUCCCCUUUGUUGAUGCCAAUGCUGUGCACAAGGCUGAGAAUGAACGGAGAGAUGCGGUGCGGCAGGAGGCAGCGCCGGGAGUGGCCGAAGCCAAAAGGAUCAUAGGAGAAGAGGCGAAGAAGGAGCAGGCGAGGAGCGACAGGGAUGAGAUACUGGAAGCUGCGCUGAAUCAUGUGGUCACGUUGGGCUGGUCCGAUGCCGCACUCGCUGCGGGGGCUAGGGAUAUUGGCCUGUCGCCAGCGGCUGCUGGGGUCUUUGGCAGGGGAGGUGUGGAAUUGCUAGAGUUUUUCAUCGACGAGUGCAACAAGAAGCUGGCGAAGACAGUAGAGGAGGAAGGGUCCGCGUUCUCGGAGCUGUCCACGCGGGACAAGCUGGUGCAGGCCAUCAAGCUGCGGCUGGAGAUGCAGGCGCCGUAUGUAACCACGUGGCCCCAAGCGCUGGCGCUACAGGCUCUCCCCCAAAACAUGGCUGCUGCCGUUCAGAAGCGGGCCCGUCUCGUGGACGUUCUGUGGGAGGUGACGGGCGACACCGCCGUGGAUGCCAGCUGGUACGCCAAGCGGGGGCUGGUCGCCGCAGUCUACGGCGCCACGGAAGUCUACAUGCUCACGGACUUCUCCCCAGGAUUCGCAGAGACGUGGAAGUUCCUCGAGCGGCGGAUUGAGGAGGCCGUGGAGCUAAAGAAGUCGGCCGACGAGUUCAAGCACCUCGCCGAAGCGAUAGGCGCUGGACUUGGCAGUACGUUCGGCAGCACGGUUGACCGGCUGAUGCAAGGUGGAGAUUCCAGCAAGCGCCGUCGAUAGGACGAGAUACGUUAUGCGGUCAUAGAUGUAAAGUACAGGUAUGUUUUUGAGAGUGUCUGGAUACAGUCCAAGCUAAGGUGGCUAAUGAAAGUCUCUGCAUGCUUAUGUUUCUAUGGUGCAUCGAGGAACGUGGAUAGCUAGAAAGGCUUGACUCAACUCUUGCAGUGCUGACGAUGAAUGGUCGGCCGCCCGUCUUCCGUCCUUCGAAAAGUUACUCUUGAUCUGCGGUGGCGCUUUUACAGGUCCGCGGCUGGUCAAAUUGACUUGUCCCGGCCUCUGACUUGCUGUGUAGAAAAGACUUUUGAAAGGAAGUUUUUCGGACAUGUGGAAGACAUACCAUGAGCUAUAUAGGUCAUGCGGAUCAUUGCUCCGCAAGAAUAUGCAUAGCAAUAUGGUCAUGUACAACGGAGUCGUAUAGGAAUUGCUUGCUAGGUC